CCUGGCAGAAAGGCCACACCGCCUACCUAAUUGGUCUGCCCCACCAACUCCUGCUUGGCCAGCUCCAGGGGCCUGCUGUCCGAGAGCCAGAUGAUGUUGCCUGAGCAGCUAUCACCGACACCACAAGACUAACGUAGAGCCUGGUCGCUCCUCAAGAAAGCAUCCACAAACCGCCAGAAUGGUUGUCCUCGCGGCUUCGAUCUGCACCCGUGGAGGGAAAGCUGUCCUCUCCAGACAGUUUCGCGAGAUGCCACGAUCCCGCGUCGAAGCUCUCCUUGCCUCGUUCCCGAAACUCGCCCAAAGCGGCACACAGCAUACGACCGUUGAACAAGACAAUGUUCGCUUCGUAUACCAGCCGCUCGAUGAGCUCUACAUGGUCCUCAUCACCAAUCGCCAAUCGAACAUCUUGCAAGACAUUGAUUCACUCCACCUAUUCGCGCAGGUCGUUACCAGCGCAUGCAAGAGUCUUGAUGAGCGGGAGAUUUUGAGAAACGCAUACGAGCUGCUGAGCGCUUUCGACGAGCUGGUGACGCUGGGGUACCGGGAGAACCUUACGCUCAGCCAGAUUAGGACAUUCCUUGAUAUGGAGAGUCACGAGGAGCGGAUCCAGGAGAUCAUCGCCCGGAACAAGGAACUGGAAGCUACGGAAGAGCGCAAGCGCAAGGCGAAGCAACUCGAGAUGCAGCGCAAGGAGUCUGCGCGAACCGGUCGUGGUAGCAUGCCCCGGACGCCCGUCUACCCGACAUACACCCCUCCUACUCAAUCGACUUCCAACGUGGAUUCGUACGAGGCGGAGAAGAACAAGACAUUCAACAAGCCUCUGGUGUCCAAGGGCAAGGGCAUGCAACUCGGGAAGAAGUCGAAGACAACGGACAUGUUUGAACGUGUUCGUGGAGACAUGGGUGGUGAGAUUGACGACUCACCCCUUGUUGCACCUACACCCGCUGCGGCUGCCGCAGAGCCAGCAGAGUCCCGAGUUUCAUCGACGCUGGACAGGGACGCUAUUCACGUUACCAUUGCUGAGAAUAUUAGCGCCAAAUUAUCCAGGGAUGGCGAGGUCAACUCACUGGCCGUCAGCGGCGACUUGACGUUGCGCAUCUCGGAUCCCAGUCUGACCAAGGUCAAACUUGCGCUACAGGCCGUGGCUUCUCACAAUGCCCAAUUCCGCACGCACCCUAACGUGGACAAGAACCUUUUCAACAACUCGAGGGUCAUCCAAAUGACCAACACAGCGCGGGGGUUCCCAGUGAACAACGCGGUCGGGGUUCUGAGGUGGCGCGCAGCAGGCGUCGACUCAAGCGCGUGCCCCAUUGCCUUCACCGUAUGGGUCAAUGGGGAUGGCGGCAAGUACACGUUGACAAUCGAGUACGAGCUCACGGGCGGCGAUUCGCUUCGUGACGUUAGUGUUGUCAUCCCCUACCAGGGCAGCGAGCCAGUUGUCUCGAGCUUCGACGCUGCGUAUGAUGUUUCGGGCGAUGCCCUGGAAUGGAACAUCGGCUCAGUGGACGAGGAGAACCCCAGUGGUUCCUUUGAAUUCGAGGCGGAGAGCAGCGAUGAGAAUGAUUUCUUCCCCAUGUCUGUGCGCUUCACCAAGACAACACCCUAUGUCGAGGUUGACGUCACCUCCGUGUCCCUGUUGGAAGAAGGAGAGGAGGUCACCUUCUCCAAAGAUGUUAGGACUGUUGCGGAUAAUUUCAUGAUCGAGUAGACGGUUCUGUGAUUUGUCUUGCGAAGCGUUAGUUUGGGACACGGUUUAGAAAAGAGGGUCCACACAUCCCAUGAUUGUCAAAGCAAAGAGCCUUGCGUCUGGAACCGAUGCCAUGGUGGCACACGACGUAAACAUCCGGAUUGCACUGUGCCGUAAUGUUUUAUGGUGAUGCUAAGCAGUCACCAACCUUUUCACUUGGCAGGGGAGUGCAUCAGAGUUCCGGGCAACUGACUGUUAAAUCCAUGGAUCAACAAAGGCCGUAACUUGAUCAAUUCAUAAAGUGGC